AUAAUUCAUUUCUACUUAACUAAACUCAAAUGUCAUUCAACUUUAAAUAAGAUGAAAUUAGAGUGGACUAAACUCAAAUGUCAUUCAAUGAAGGUUUAAAAUCCUUUAACUAAAAUGGGAUGAAAAUUCAUUGAAAUAGUUUUUCCAAAGUUCGAUUCAUUUCAGCCCAUUGAGAUUUAAAUAAAAGAAAUCCAAACUUUUCAUAUCAUCAAAUGUGUUAAGACUUGCAAAUUGUGAAAAGAAUUAACAUCGAGAUUUUAUGCGUUUGAACCUUCUCGGUGAAAUGUCGCAAAUGAUUAAUAUCAAAAUCCUAUAUAUUUCAAACAAUUUCACUCCCCGCCAAUUUUCAUUCUUUGUCGUUCACUUCUUCUUCUUCUUCUUCUUCGGCUUCUUCUUCUCUCCUCAAUAACAUGAGCAAGAACUGUAUGGAGAUCGAGCGGAGAAUCCUCCGCCUUCUUCACGGCCACAAAUCUCGAACCCAUCUCACUCAAAUUCACGCCCACUUCCUCCGCCAUGGUCUCCAUCAAUCCAACCAAGUCCUCGCCCAUUUCAUCUCCGUUUGCGGCUCUUUCAACCGCAUUGGCUAUGCCGAUCGCCUCUUUUCCCAAUCCCACAACCCUAACAUCUUUCUAUUCAAUUCAAUCAUCAAAGCCCACUCCCUCUCCCCUCCCUUCCAUCAAUCCCUUCUCCUGUUUUCCUUAAUGAAGAAUCACCGGAUUGUUCCUGAUCAGUACACUUUUGCGCCGUUGCUGAAAUCCUGUGCCAAUCUCUGUGAGUAUAGUCUUGGUCAAUGUGUGAUUUCUGAAGUUUUGCAUCGUGGGUUUUACUGCUUUGGGUCUAUUCGUAUUGGGGUUGUUGAGUUGUAUGUUUGUUGUGAGAAGAUGGAGGAUGCAUGGAAGGCGUUUGAUGAAAUGUCUCACAGGGACGUGGUUGUUUGGAACUUGAUGAUUCGUGGGUUUUGCAAGAUGGGAAAUGUUGAUUUUGGGUUGUGUCUCUUUAGACAAAUGAGUGAACGUAGUCUUGUUUCUUGGAACACUAUUAUUUCCUGUUUAGCUCAAAAUAGGCGUGAUGUUGAAGCUUUGGAACUCUUUCAACAAAUGGAAGAACAUGGGUUUAAACCAGAUGAGGUUACUGUGGUCACAAUGUUGCCUGUAUGUUCUCGUUUGGGAGCUCUUGAAGUUGGACAAAGAAUCCAUUCUUAUACAAGUUCUAAGGGAAAUUUGGUAGGUACUACGAUGGUUGGGAAUUCGCUCAUCGAUUUUUACUGUAAAUGUGGGAACAUAGAAAGCGCUUACAACAUAUUUCAGAAAAUGACUUGCAAAAGCGUUGUCUCUUGGAAUACAAUUAUUUUGGGCUUUGCUUUAAAUGGGAAGGGGGAGUUUGCUAUUGACCUUUUUAUGGAGAUGCGAAAAGAAGACGUGAAGCCUAAUGAUGCAACAUUUGUAGCUGUCUUGACUGCUUGUGUUCAUUCGGGACUGUUAGAGAAGGGUCGAGAGCUAUUUUCUUCAAUGGCCGAGGAUUACGAAAUCCAGCCAAAACUCGAACAUUUUGGUUGUAUGGUUGAUCUUUUGGGACGUGGUGGGUGUGUGGAGGAGGCUCAUAACUUGAUUAAAAGCAUGCCAAUGCAACCAAAUGCCACUUUAUGGGGUGCUUUGCUUGGCGCUUGCCGAACCCAUGGCAACUUGAAACUUGCAGAAAUGGCAGUGAAAGAGCUCAUCAGUCUUGAACCAUGGAACUCUGGUAAUUAUGUAUUGUUGUCAAAUAUGUUGGCAGAAGAAGGAAGAUGGGAAGAAGUUGAGAAUGUCAGACAGUGGAUGAGAGAAAAGAGCGUCAAGAAAGCACCUGGGCAGAGUGCGAGUGGAUAGCUGUUAAUAUUGUGUGAGGAGUUACCUCAUCAUUAGGUUGUACGUACAGGCUUCGAGUCUGGUUCAAGGCAUAUUGUUGAGAAUAUCUGUUGAAAUGAAAUGGAGUUCAGCCAUCUCAACGUGCUCUGACGUGAUUAACUCUAUCGAAACUAGUCGCCGACUGUGGCCCUCGGCUGAAAUCAAACUGAAGAGGAUGGAAAUUGGAAUGCCAUAUCUAGUCCAUGUGUAAGUAUGUUAAACUAAAUAGGCAUGGUGCAAUUUCCCUAGAAUGAAGUUUCUACUGCUGUGUCGUGCUGAGUACAAAACUUUACCUUCAAGAUCCAUUGGAUUGUUCUCUGUAGUCUAAAGAAGAUUUGAUCUCAGAGGUUCAAGAGUCGAUAAGAACAAGGAAGAAGUGAAUGGGAACGAACAUGUUCUUACAUAUAAAGACCAAAGUUUCCUCAUCGAAACGUCAAACUUUGAGCCACAAUGUAAUCCUUUCUACUUUUUAUUAAUAUUCAUUUUUCUCCGACUAUGUAAAUUUUGACACAGACCACAUAAUUUAUCUUUUGUAUAUAUAUAUCAUAUAUAUUUCUUUUGA